GAAACCAAGGACAAGAUGCCUAAGGAAUGCAGUGCCUUCCAUGCCCUCUCUGCAGCCCUGUGCUGUUUCUAUCAGCGCAAGUCUUUCUUUGGAGUCAAGUUCUCCAAGGAGAGGCACAUCAUGGACAGGACCCCUGAGAGGCUGAAAAAGGAACUGGAGGAGGAGCUACUGCUGAGCAGCGAGGACCUACGCAGCCACGCCUGGUAUCACGGCCGGAUCCCCAGACAGGUAUCUGAAAACCUUGUGCAGCGGGAUGGGGACUUCCUGGUUCGUGACUCCCUGUCUAGCCCUGGAAACUUUGUCCUGACCUGUCAGUGGAAGAACCUUGCUCAGCACUUUAAGAUCAACCGGACUGUUCUGCGGCUCAGCGAGGCCUACAGCCGUGUGCAGUACCAAUUCGAGAUGGAGAGCUUUGACUCCAUCCCCGGGCUGGUACGCUGCUACGUGGGAAACCGGAGGCCCAUCUCCCAGCAGAGUGGUGCCAUCAUCUUCCAGCCUAUCAAUAGGACAGUGCCCCUUUGGUGUCUGGAGGAGCGUUAUGGCACCUCACCAGGCCGAGUCCGGGAGGGCAGCUUUGCUGAGGGAAGACCAGAUGUGGUGAAGAGACUGAGCCUCACCACAGGUGGCAUCCAGGCUCGGGACCACAGCUUGCCCAGAGGAAACCUCCUCAGGAAUAAGGACAAGAGUGGCAGCCAGCCCGCCUGCCUGGAUCACGUGCAGGACCGGAAGGCCGCAACCCUCAAGGCUCACCAGUCGGAGAGUCACCUGCCCAUCGGCUGCAAGCUGCCACCCCCGUCUCCGAGUGUGGACACAAGCCCUUGCCCCAGCUCUCCCGUGUUCAGGACUGGCAGCGAGCCCACUCUGAGUCCGGCACUGGUACGAAGGUUCUCUUCGGACGCUAGGGCAGGGGAGGCACUUCGGGGAUCAGACAGCCAACUGUGCCCCAAGCCACCCCCAAAGCCCUGCAAGGUGCCCUUCCUCAAGGUUCCUCCCUCUCCAUCUCCCUGGCUCAACUCAGAGGCCAACUACUGUGAACUGAACCCUGCUUUUGCGGUGGGCUGUGACAGGGGAGCCAAGCUUCCCUCACACGAGAUGCUGCUGACAGCCAAACAGAAUGGGGCAUCGGGUCCCCGGAACUCUGGCAUCAACUACUUGAUCCUUGAUGGGGAUGACCAAGGGAGACAUUGGGAUGAGGGUCAGGAGGACGAGACCAAGUUUGUACCACCUGUCAUGGAGACAGUGUCAUCAUUCAGACCCAAUGACUUUGAGUCGAAGCUUCUUCCUCCAGAGAACAAGCCCCUGGAAACAGCCAUGCUAAAGCAUGCCAAGGAACUGUUCAGCAACCAUGACGCGAGGGUCAUUGCACAGCACAUGCUGAGCGUGGACUGCAAGGUUGCUAGGAUACUGGAAGUCUCUGAAGACAUGAAGAGGAGCAUGGGCGUGAGCUCGGGACUGGAACUCAUUACCUUGCCUCACGGACGCCAGCUGCGCCUGGACAUUAUUGAAAGACACAACACCAUGGCCAUUGGCAUUGCUGUGGACAUUCUGGGCUGCACAGGCACACUGGAGAACCGAGCAGGAACCCUUAAUAAGAUCAUCCAGGUGGCAGUGGAACUGAAGGACACCAUGGGAGACCUCUAUUCCUUCUCAGCCAUCAUGAAAGCCCUCGAGAUGCCUCAGAUCACAAGGUUAGAAAAAACAUGGACGGCUCUGAGGCACCACUACACGCAAACAGCCAUCCUCUACGAAAAGCAGUUGAAGCCCUUUAGCAAAAUCCUGCAUGAAGGCAGAGAGUCGACAUAUGUCCCAGCAAGCAGUGUGUCCGUCCCACUGCUGAUGCCUCUUGUGACCUUAAUGGAACGCCAGGCUGUCACUUUUGAAGGAACCGACAUGUGGGAAAAAAAUGACGAGAGCUGUGAAAUCAUGCUGAGUCACUUGGCCACAGCCAGGUUCAUGGCCGAGGCUUCGGAGAGCUACAGGAUGAAUGCUGAGAGGGUCCUGGCAGAUUUCCAACCGGAUGAAGAAAUGACUGAAAUCUUAAAGACUGAGUUCCAGAUGCGAUUGUUGUGGGGCAGCAAGGGUGCUGAAGUCAACCAGAACGAGAGAUAUGACAAGUUCAACCAGAUCCUAACCGCCCUCUCACGGAAACUGGAACCUCCUUCUUCUGGAAAGCAGGCUGAGCUGUGAGAACCUUCUGGAGGACCCUGGGGCACAACUUGGAGCUUCCCCAGCCCCUCCUCCAGGAAUGCUCAUCAUCCGAUAAAGUAAUACCGUGCAAAAUCUAACGAGAUGCAAGCCAUCAAUAUCCGUAGGAUAUUAAAUGUGUAGAUUGCACAGAGCACACUUAUUUAUGAAUUGUUUAAAAUUACUACUGAUUUUUAAAUGAAUGUUAAUUUAUUAUUAAGAUAACUAUUGCUAAUGUGGAUCAGCAAAUUUAAGAUCCAGCUAUGUUGCUGGUUGUUUAAUGUCAUGGUAUUCGACCAUCUUAGUUUUAAUUCCAUGUCACAUACAUGUAAACAGAGGCAUUUAAAAGGAAAGCAUGAAUCAUUGAAGAGGGUAUCAGUUAUAUGAUAUUCUUUGAUAUGAAACUGUAAAUAGUGAAUGGAAAUAUAUCUUUUUGUGAAAUAACUGUA